AUGGGUUGCGUUAGCUCCAAGAACGCCACUAUUGAAUCACCUGAAUUCGAUGCCGAUGCCUCCUCCUCUGCCUCAACUGCAGCUGGCCGAAGAAAUGGUUCAGACCGCCGUCUGAAUUCCCUAUCUUCAUUGCGUGCAUUUGGUCUGCCGUUGGAGAAGAUUAAGGAGAAAUCUAAGGAAGAGAAGGAGGGGGAACCUGUGAAGAAAAGGCGCAGUCAUGUGGAAUAUUCCGGGAACUUGAGGCCUUUAAUGCGAGAGGCCUCUCAGAACAAGGCUGUUUUCAGCAUUAAAUUUGGGAGGUUGACAGAAAGCGAGCAUGUGGCAGCUGCCUGGCCGGCUUGGCUCUCUGCUGUGGCUGGAGAAGCCGUUGAGGGAUGGCUACCUCUCAGAUCAGACGCAUUCGAGAAAUUAGACAAGAUCGGACAAGGCACUUAUAGCAAUGUUUACCGCGCACGUGAUGUGAAAACUGGUAAGAUUGUUGCCCUGAAGAAGGUACGGUUUGACAAUUUUCAACCAGAAAGCGUGAGAUUUAUGGCGAGAGAAAUUAUGAUUCUGCGCAAACUCGACCAUCCAAAUAUCAUGAAGUUGGAAGGCAUCAUCACUUCCCGAUUAUCAUGUAACAUAUAUCUUGUUUUCGAGUACAUGGAACACGACCUUGCUGGGCUAUUAUCAUGUCCUGAUAUCAAAUUCAGUGAUUCACAGAUCAAGUGCUAUAUGCGGCAACUACUGUGUGGAAUAGAGCAUUGUCACUCCCGAGAUUUUGGGCUCGCAAAUUUUAUGAGAGCAAAGAAUAAGCAACCAUUGACCAGUCGUGUGGUGACUUUGUGGUAUCGCCCUCCUGAACUCCUGCUGGGAUCGACAAAUUAUGGGGAAUCAGUGGACGUAUGGAGUGUAGGUUGUGUUUUUGCUGAACUUUUUAUUGGAAGGCCUCUUCUCAAAGGCAGAACUGAGGUUGAACAAUUGCACAAAAUCUUCAAACUUUGUGGUUCUCCACCUGAUGAUUAUUGGAAAAAAUCAAAACUUCCUCUUGCCUCCAUGUUUAAACCCCAGCAUCCUUAUGAAAGUACACUUCGAGAAAGAUGCAAAGAAUUCCCAAAAAGUGCAUUGAACCUCAUAGAUACAUUUCUUUCCAUUGAACCUUACCGGCGUGGUACUGCUUCUUCUGCUCUUGAAUCUGAGUAUUUCACUACCAAGCCUUAUGCAUGUGAUCCGUCAUGUUUGCCAAAGUAUCCACCGAACAAAGAGAUUGAUGCUAAAUUCCGUGAAGAAGUGCGAAGGAGGAAGGUCAGUGCCAUGUCUAUGAAAAAUCCAAGAAUGCGUAAAACUCAUCAAGAUCCAACUAGUUUUAGCACAUUAAUUCCACAUGAGGUCAUAGAGGCCAAUAUUCAAGUUGGUCGAAGACACCAUGGUGGAGGUUCCCAUGUCUACAGGGGAGGACGAGCUACUAUGUCUCAGAUGUCGGCCAAGGCAUCUUAUGAUACAGUGUCAGAGGCUUCUCAAAUGACAGAGGAAUCUCAAGCAGAUAGUGUUAAAACAGUCCCAGUUCAAAUAACAGCAUCUAGCGGCUUUGCAUGGGCAAAAAGGCGAAAACAGGAAGCCGGAAUGACAAGAUUAGGUUAUCGUACUUCAAGAAGUCACAAUUUGGGUACAUUAGACCUAUCCAAAGUAAUGCAUCCACAAGAUACUUUAGAUGCUGUAGUCCAAGAGUUUGACGAUAUUCCUAGUAAGGUCCAAUCUGACACCAGAGGCCCUGCAGAGAACACCAAGCACGUGACGUUUAAACAAGAAGAAAUCCUGCUCCAUCAACAGGAUUCUUUUGAUCCACCCGAUGCAUAUGAACCUCAAGAAUUAUCAAUGCAUCACAAUAAGUUGAAAGGGAGGAGUGGAUUCUCUGGGCCACUGUUAUAUCCGUCUCAAAGAAAGGAGACGAGUAUGGAUGGUCGACCUUGUCAUGAUGUUCGUAGAUCACGAUUUUCCGAAGGUAAUAAAGAAACGAGCAAUAUGUUUGGCACGUAA